UACUUCUAGGUCGCAGAACCACCCUCAAAGGCACUAUGGAGUUACUUCUCCAAUUAGUUUGGCUCAUCCAAAGACUAUAGAUGUCAUUCAAACUCAGAAGCUGAUUGAAGCAAUGAAGCCACUUGGGGUGUUCGAAGAUGAGAAAGAACUGAACCACAGAAUUGUUGUUCUUGGAAAACUGAAUAACUUGGUGAAUGAAUGGAUUUCUGAACUUGGUGAGAGCAAGAAUCUUCCCCCUUCAGAAGCAGCAGAUGUUCAUGGCAAAAUAUUUACCUUUGGGUCUUACAGGCUUGGAGUACACACUAAAGGUGCUGACAUAGAUGCUGUUUGUGUUGCUCCAAGACAUGUGGAAAGAUCAGAUUUUUUUCAGUCAUUCUUUGAAAAACUGAAACAGCAGGAGGGAAUAAAAAAUCUAAGAGCAGUUGAAGAUGCAUAUGUACCGCUUGUCAAGUUUGAGUUUGAUGGCAUUGAGACUGAUCUUUUGUUUGCAAGACUGCCUGUGCAGACUAUUUCUGACAAUCUUGAUCUUCGAGAUGACUCACGGCUGAGAAGCCUGGAUAUAAGAUGUAUACGGAGUUUAAAUGGCUGUAGAGUUACUGAUGAAAUACUACAUUUAGUUCCAAAUAGAGAGAACUUCCGGCUCGCGCUCCGUGCAAUUAAACUGUGGGCAAAACGACGUGGCAUUUACUCCAACGUGCUGGGAUUUCUUGGUGGGGUUUCCUGGGCAAUGCUGGUAGCAAGAACAUGUCAACUCUAUCCAAAUGCUUCGGCUUCUACUCUUGUUAACAAGUUCUUCUUGGUUUUUUCAAUAUGGGAAUGGCCAAAUCCUGUAUUGCUGAAAAAACCUGAAGAAAGCAAUCUGAAUUUACCAGUAUGGGACCCUAGGGUGAACCCAUCAGACAGGUACCACUUAAUGCCUGUUAUCACCCCAGCCUACCCACAUCAGAACUCUACAUACAAUGUAUCAAUGUCAACACGAGCCAUAAUGGUAGAAGAGAUCAAACGUGGUCUUGCAGUUACAAAUGAGAUUCUCGAAGGAAAAUCAGACUGGUCAAAGCUCUUUGAACCAUCGAACUUCUUUCAGAAGUAUAAACAUUAUAUUGUGCUGACUGCUAGUGCCUCUACCAAAGAGCAUCACAUAGAAUGGGUUGGCCUUGUGGAAUCUAAAAUUCGUGUGUUGGUUGGAAGCUUGGAGAGGAAUGAAUUUAUAACUAUUGCACACGUAAAGCCACGGUCUUUCCCUGGCAACCAAGAACUCAAUAAACGGAGUGGAUAUGUGUCAAGGUGGUUUCUUGGAAUCGCAUUUAUGAAAGUGGAAAAUACACAAGGUGUAAACAUUGAUUUAACGUAUGUUAUACAGUCUUUCACAGAUGCAGUUUACAGACAGGCUAGCAAUCUCAAUGUGCUAAAGGAAGGUAUGAAGAUUGAGGCAGCUCAUGUGAAGAGGAAGCAACUUCAUUAUUUUUUGCCUGCAGAAGCCUUACAGAAAAGGAAGCGAAGCAUGCCAGAUAGUAGUCAAAAUGCUAGUGGGAUUCAGUGCAAAAAGACUUUCUCAGAUGGAAGCUCUUUGGAUAGUGCCAGAGACACAGACUCCGGAACACCGUGUAGCUCCUCUUCAUUAAAUAAGAUAUCUAAACUGGAAACCUCUCUAGGAGGGAUGGAAAGAAAUGCUGUAUAUCGGAGAUCUACCAGUGCUUACAGUAGAGAGAGGAUAUCUCGUGUAGCUGUGCCGUCAGUGUCUAAGGGACUCUCCGUUCCUGUUACUGAUUCAAAAAUGAAGCCUACAGUCGCAGUAAGAAUAUCAGGACCUCCAGUUGGUUGCACCGUUCCAGAACACAACACAGUUUCUCAGCUCAGACCAGGUUUUGUCCAAGGACAGCAUGAGUUAAGUGGGAAUCUAGUUACGAAUCCUAAGAAUGCUGCACCUAAACGACCUUCUGUACAGACCUCUAAAGGGCGUCAUUCACCUACAUUGGAAGAAGGCCCUAAAACAACAACAGACAGAGAAAAGUUAACGGACCAGAAUUCAGCAUUCAGAGAUGGUGGCAGUCCAGAUGAUGUCAGGAGCAGAUCUACAGAACAUAGUAUCUGUGGAGGAAAAGCCACGCCGAUUCCAGUUAUCAACACAUCAAGAUCACCGGGGCUUUCCACUAAAGAACUACCAGAUUCUUCGUCUCCUGUUCCAGUGAACAGCAUUCGUAUUAUUAAAAGGUCCAUCAAACUUACCCUUAAUGG